UGUGCUGCCGCCGCGGCCGCCCUGCUCGUGUGAAGGGAGGAGGAGGAAUGUGGAAGGCGGCGGCGCGCAGGCUGACAGGCGGUUCCUCGGGCGGGCUGCGGCGGCGGCCUGAGCGUCCCCUCGGCGCGGCGCCCCGGGCUCGCGCGGGAUCGUGCGUCCUCCCGCCUCGUCCCUGAAGGGAAGGAGCCGAGGUAGCCCGAGCCCUUGCCUGCGCGGCGCCCCGGCCCUCCCCCGCCGCACCCAGCCUGGGCGCGAGAAGAGAGCGCAAGAGCCCGAGCCGCGGGCGGCGGGCAGGCGGCGAAGAUGGCAGAGGCGCCGGCCUCCCCGGUGCCGCUCUCUCCGCUCGAAGUGGAGCUGGACCCGGAGUUCGAGCCCCAGAGCCGACCGCGCUCCUGUACGUGGCCCCUGCAGAGGCCGGAGCUGCAGGCGAGCCCAGCCAAACCCUCGGGGGAGACGGCGGCGGACUCCAUGAUCCCCGAGGAGGACGACGAUGAAGACGACGAGGACGGCGGCGGCCGAGCCAGCUCGGCCAUGGUGAUCGGCGGCGGCGUGAGCGGCGCGCUGGGCCCCGGGCUGCUCCUCGAGGAUUCGGCCAGGUUGCUGGCCCCCGGAGGGCAGGACCUCGGGUCCGGGCCCGCGCCCGCCGCGGGCGCGCUGAGCGGGGGCACACAGACGCCGCUGCAGCCUCAGCAGCCGCUGCCACCGCCGCAGCCGGGGGCGGCUGGGGGCUCCGGGCAACCGAGGAAAUGCUCCUCGCGACGGAACGCCUGGGGGAACCUGUCCUACGCAGACCUGAUCACCCGCGCCAUCGAGAGCUCCCCGGACAAACGGCUCACCCUGUCCCAGAUCUACGAGUGGAUGGUGCGUUGUGUGCCCUACUUCAAGGAUAAGGGCGACAGCAACAGCUCCGCCGGCUGGAAGAACUCUAUCCGGCACAACCUGUCGCUGCACAGCCGAUUCAUGCGAGUUCAGAAUGAAGGGACUGGCAAGAGCUCGUGGUGGAUCAUCAACCCGGAUGGUGGGAAGAGUGGGAAGGCCCCCAGGCGACGGGCCGUCUCCAUGGACAACAGCAACAAGUACACCAAGAGCCGUGGCCGUGCGGCCAAGAAGAAGGCUGCCCUGCAGGCAGCCCCAGAGUCGGCAGACGACAGUCCCUCCCAGCUGGCCAAGUGGCCCGGUAGCCCCACAUCACGCAGCAGCGACGAGCUGGAUGCCUGGACCGACUUCCGCUCACGCACCAAUUCCAACGCCAGCACAGUCAGUGGCCGCCUGUCACCCAUCCUGGCAAGCACAGAGUUGGAUGACGUCCAGGACGAUGACGCCCCACUCUCCCCCAUGCUCUACAGCAGCUCCGCCAGCCUGUCGCCCUCUGUGAGCAAGCCAUGCACUGUGGAGCUCCCGAGGCUGACCGACAUGGCGGGCACCAUGAAUCUCAACGACGGGCUGACUGACAACCUCAUGGAUGACCUGCUGGACAACAUCACGCUCCCGCCAUCCCAGCCGUCGCCUCCUGGGGGGCUCAUGCAGCGGAGCUCCAGCUUCCCGUAUACCGCCAAGAGCUCCGGCCUGGGGUCCCCAACCAGCUCCUUUAACAGUACCGUGUUUGGACCCUCGUCUCUGAACUCGCUGCGCCAGUCACCCAUGCAGACCAUCCAAGAGAACAAGCCAGCCACCUUUUCUUCCAUGUCACACUAUGGUAACCAGACACUCCAAGACCUGCUCACUUCAGACUCGCUCAGCCACAGCGAUGUCAUGAUGACCCAGUCAGACCCCUUGAUGUCUCAGGCCAGCACGGCUGUGUCUGCCCAGAACGCCCGCCGGAACGUGAUGCUUCGCAACGACCCAAUGAUGUCCUUUGCUGCCCAGCCUAGCCAGGGGAGUUUGGUCAAUCAGAAUUUGCUCCAGCACCAAACCCAGGGCACUCUUGGUGGCAGCCGUGCCUUGUCCAAUUCUGUCAGCAACAUGGGCUUGAGUGACUCCAGCAGCCUCGGGUCAGCCAAACACCAGCACCAGUCUCCCGUCAGCCAGUCUAUGCAAACCCUCUCGGACUCACUCUCAGGCUCUUCACUGUACUCAGCGAGUGCAAACCUUCCUGUCAUGGGCCACGACAAGUUCCCCAGUGACUUGGACCUGGACAUGUUCAAUGGGAGCUUGGAAUGUGACAUGGAAUCCAUUAUUCGUAGUGAACUCAUGGACGCCGACGGGUUGGACUUUAACUUUGAUUCCCUCAUCUCCACACAGAACGUUGUUGGUUUGAACGUGGGGAACUUCACUGGUGCUAAGCAGGCCUCAUCUCAAAGCUGGGUGCCAGGCUGAAGGAUCACUGAGGAAAGGGGAAGUGGGCAAAGCAGACCCUCUAACUGACAGAAGACCUACAGAGAAAACCCUUUGCCAAAUCUGCUCUCAGCAAGUGGACAGUGAUGCCGUUUACAGCCUGACACCUUUGUGAAUCCCACACCAUUUUCCUAACCCAGCAGAGACUGUUAGCAGCCCUGGCCCUGGGUGGAGCCCUUACCCGUGGAACAGAACUCUAUACCGUAUGCAAAAUCUAACUCAUCUGCGAGUGACCUGCCAGCGAGGACAGCACCCAUCAGCACCACCCGCUCUCCUUCCGAGCCCACCGGGAGCCCCCAUUGGCGAUUCUGUAGUGUUUUGCUAUCAUGAUGGUUUAUGGGAUAUGUUAACUGUCGUUUUGUGUUUGUUUGCCUUUUACCCUCUAAGUUUUUUACAUACAGUAACUUGCAGUAUUUUUCUGUUGAAAACAUUGACUGUCCUUCCCCUAGCACACUCCUAAGCAGAAGGAAGGUGUGUUCCGGUUCCCAGUGUGGCUUUGAGCAUCACAAGCUCUUCAGCCUAUGGGACUCCACAGACUUAACACAUUACAUAAACUAAAGGGGGAUUUUCUUUCUUCUUUUGUUCAGUAGAAAAUUACCCUUUUCUAAAAACUGAACAAUGGCACAAUUGUUUGCCCUGCACACCCGUCCAGGACUGAACUACGUGUAGGCGAAGCAAAUGGAGCCAGGCAUCUGACCCAGUAGUUUCCAGUUCUGAGUCAGGGAGUGGUCUGUGUCCAGGGACCCCAGUGCCCACUCCACAGCUGCCUGGUCAGCAGGCUUCUGAUCUGCUGUCGUUCUCCUCAGCUGAGGCAGUAGGCAGUGUCGGUCCGCUCUUAGGCACUAGGACCUCUUCAGGACAGCACCAGCUCAGCUGUUGUUUGUUGCCAAAUGCCACUAACGGGUUUAGUUUUAAGGAGAAAAGAAAACAAAAAGAAAUGUGUGCUGUUUUGCUUCAUAGAAGACAUGGAUUUGCAGGUGAGCCACUGAGCGUGCAGUGAGAGAUGUGUGAAACGGACAAACCAAGUCUGCACUAAGGCAGGUCCAACGUCACUGUUUUUGAAACAUGCACAUCUUUUGAUUAUUUUUAGCCUUGCUGUGUGUACACUGAUCUUUGUAGAAGUGUAUGAGAGGCAGGAAAUAGCAUACAAGGUGAAUAUAUAUAUAUAAAAAAGCUUAGGUUGUAAUUGUGCAAGCGAUACAUGGAAAUACAAGAUAAGGCAAUUUAAACUUUUUUUUUUUAACUUUUUCUGCUUCUGUGGAUCUCAUUUUUCUGUUUGUUUGUUUUCAAGAAGUUACGGUGCUGUAUAGGUGCUUUUUGUUUAACCUGCAAAGUGUGAGUGCAUUCCUUACUCCCUUUGAUAGACAGCGUAGUUGGGAACACCUUUGGUACAUUAAAAAAACUGGUGUGACAGUGCUCUGAAUAGCACAGCAUACACAUACUUCUCCAAAGUGAUACACGAAGACUUUUCUUUGCAUAAACAGCAUUAGGCAUAUAAGUGUAUAAAUAUCCUUUAUCAUGUACAGUACAAAAAACCGGAACUUUAUGCAUGGCAUUAGGAGUGUGGGCUAGUGUCCCCCGCCCAGGUUCCCCUGCUCGAGUUCUUGCUGUCAUUUGCACUGUGGCAGUGGGCACCAGCACCGGCGUGCUGCCCAGUCCCCUGCACCCACCAUCGCUCUCUCGUGCACCUUUGCUUUAUAACUGCUCCAGGGGUGCGCUGGUGGCGAUCACAGCCCCCGGCAUGACGAGAGUUCCAUUUGGCAUUGUCACACGGCUUUUCCUGCCUCACCUAGUUUAUCAUGUCUGAGCGAUGACCCUGUUGGUCUCACUCUGCCUCUUAUGGACACUGUACACUGUCUUGCAGUUGUGGUCCUAGUAGGCCCCGUAGCACAUUGCCUUUCCCAAACUGCUACACGUUUGUAAUCUUCAUUUUUAAAGUCCGAUUUUGAAAAUGUGCAUAGUGUUCACGUGGUCUGCUUGUCGGUGAGCCGUGCUUGUUUACUUCAUCCCUCCAUGAUGCUACCAGCCCCCCCCCACCCUGACUCCACAGGAGUCAGCCGUCCACACGGACCUGUGUCAUUUGAGUCAGAGGGCUGGCUUUCUGGCUUCCCAGGGUGCUGCCUCCUUGCUGGAAUGCCAUCAGCGUGGCGGCUGAAGGAGCGGAGAGAGCUCAGGUACGGGAGAGAACCCCACGUGCUUCCAACAUGAGGGACCUGAGAACUCUCUCCUGAGUCUAAAGAAACGAGCAGACUAAGCUGUGCCGUUCAUGGGCACUGGGGUGGGGGGGGAGAAGGCAACCCUCCUGUGCGCUCCCCUAGUUUUAAAAACGUUGAAUUCCUGUCAGACAUAAUAUCUCGUUUAUUUUAUUUCCCAGUGUUUGUUGGAUUUCAGGCACCAGGUCUCACAGAAUGUCCUAGAAACAGAUUAAAAGAUGAAGCAGGGUCAGAGGAGUGUGAGGCCAGAGUAGUCACAGCAGAUUAGGAAAGCAAAAGGCAAAACCCUGGAUAGGGUCAGACAAGAUUUGAAUAGUGAUGCCUGCCCAGGCCUUGGCACACCAACCCUCAGAUUCCCCACACAGAGGGACCAGGCUCCCUUGAUAAACCCAGUUCUGUGGCAGUCAGACUCGGCAGAGGUGGAGCCUGGGCCCUCCGUGCCUUCUAUUGGAACCCUGCUUUCAGGGUCUGCCUGUCAUUGGCCACCAAGCAGCUUUCUAGAUAUCUUAAGUCCGUAACAAUAAAAUGCUCUGUCGAGACAUCUGAGCAGAUGACCUCAUGGACAUGCCAGGCUAGGGCCAGCCCGUGGAAUCCAGAUGAGAAACGAAGAAGCCUGUGGUGGGCCUUCUUAGGGAGCCCUGUGCGUCUGUGACAGGUGUAUAGAAAGCAGAGUGCCUCGUCUUGAAGACUGGAGCACUUGGGGGCCCCAUGGUUCUCUCCUAGAACCUGUACCAAAGAUAGAGAAGAAGGUAUGGCAAGCCUUCCUGGUCCUCUAGGACCGGCUGGGUUCCGCAUACCUGUUAACUGUGAAUGCAUCAGAGGGGCGUUCUUCAUUGCAUCCUCUGCAACACAAUGACUGCUGAAGCACAUAAGGAUUGUUUUCCGAAGUCUCUCCUGCUAGUGCAGGAUCUUGCACACAGACGUAGCACAAAGUAGGCGUUGUCUUGGGGUGAUGAUUGGCAUCGUGUGUGUUGCUUUCCCAGCCAGAGGAGAAGACCUCGUGGCCCACACUCCACGGGAGAGGUACACCGCAUCUCAGGUGUGACUUCAGCCAACUUGAAAACCCACAUACAGGUUAAAGUCCGCAGGGACAGACAACUUUUCCUUUUCCUAAGGAGCUCCAUCCCAUGAACAAACAAGCAGCAUUUGACACUCUCGGAAAAGAGCUUCAAGAGUAAAGCAGAGAGAUAGAAAGAAAGCCUUCCACCCACCACCCACCCCCACCCCCCAGUACUGAGGGGAAACAAAAGCCAGGUGAUACAGACUUUUCUUUUUCUUGACUUUUCUUUUUCUUUUCUUCAUUUCUUGGGAAAGGUCAAAUGAUUAGGCACAAUAAUGUUCUUUUUUAAUUAAAAGCAGACCUUCUAUAGAAAAGCAAUCACUGGUAGAGUGACAAAACAGUUCUGGGAGCAGUAGCUGCAGGGGAACAGGGCUGAGAUGGGAGAGAUGUCUUGUGGGUCCUAUCUGUCAAACAAGACCUUAGAACAGAUGCCCAAAGAACUAACAGAGGGGUAUGUGGUAUUUGAACUAAAUCUUAAGUGUAUAACAUACAGAUUAGAUGGAUGAACUAUUUUUCUUUUCUCUUUUUGAAGUUUAUUCGUUUGUAUUUUUCUUUCAUGAGUGAAUGAUUACAAGGCCUCUGCCACAUUCCAGGGACACUUGUGUAGCUGCUUAAAAAAAAAAAAAUGUGUGUCUGGUCACUUAUUUCUCUAAAAUUAUCUCAUUGUCUGGCAAUCAGCCUUCUCUUGUACACUUGUCCUAGCACAUUAUGUACGUGGGAAAUGUGGACAGAUGUGAAGGAGACCAGAAGAAUUAGUGAAUACUGAAAAAUGUCUUGUGCAUUUGGGCUUCACAUGUUUAACUUUUUCUUUUUUAAGAAAAAAGUUGCAUGAAUGAAAAAAACAAAAACAAAAAAAAACCUCUGUACACAGUAUCUGUAAAAAUGGCUUAUCUGUUUUGAUUUCUUGCUUCUACCCCACACAAACUAGAAUUUCGUGUGGCAUGGGGCCAUGUUCUAACACCCAAGAAGCAGUUCGUCGUUCGGUUUGAAGCAGCUUGUCCUUUCAGAGCAAUCGCUCUCAUGCUGCAUUCUGAGUACUGAGGACCUGGCCUAACCACACGUUGCUAUGAAUUAGCCCUGCCGCCUUUCUUCUCAAGGAUCAAAACCAGUUUGAUUUGGGAAUCUGCCCCUUUCCAGUGGAAUGGAGGUGCUUACUCCCCACGGUGUUUGUAGAUAUUGCCUGUGUAUUCCAUUUGAAACCAUAAUCUAGUUUGUAAAGGAGAUGAUGGCGCAUGUAAAUAAAGCAUUGAGCACACUCUA